UAUUUCGAUGACGAUGGCUGUCGGCGUCUGCUUGCCAUUAUUGUAUUUGUAUAUAUUUUUCUAGGUUAAGGCUCAGAGAUAAAAAUAACUUAAUGGACUUGAAUAUUUAAAUUUCUUCAACAAUUUUUAUGAAUAUAACACGUAUUAAAACUAUGUGAGAACAUCUAGUCAAAAUGAGUAAAUCUAGUCAAUCAACUCAUGCACUGCCAUUUAUCAUCUUCUCUCUAAAAAAUGACUGUCCGCUAUUUGAACCAUGAGCGACACACAAGUACAAGACAAUCCGGUGCCUUCUCCAACAAAAACCAAAAAGAAAUCGCAUGGACUGUGCAGUUUUAUGUCACGAAAGAAAAAGAUCGCCUGCUGCCCACCUGAUAACAACAACUCUGAAAAUAAUUCUGAGGAACUCGUCACUGAACACCAUCGGGGCAAACAAUGGAGUGAGACAGUAACAGUUCAUGCUGAGAAAGGGGAUGAAAUGAGUACGAAAAUGAUGAGUGAGGCUGUGAAUGAGAAGAGUGGGGGGUGUGAUGAGAAGAUAGGAAGAAGUAGUAGUAAGAAUGUUGAAAUCAACAGUAAUAAGGUGAUAAAUAACGGGAAUAAUGUAGCUUUUAUAGAUGAUGACGAGGAUGAAGAUGCUGAUGACGGUCGAAAAUCGAAAGAAACUCUACGCAACUCAGAAAACAGCACCAACGUAGGACUUUGCUGCGCUAUGACUGAAAGCAGCACUAAAACAACAGUAGUACACGUGGCAGAGUUGAAGAAACAGGAAAGCGUUGAGAACCGUAGAAGAAUUUUGAGUAAAAUGAACGACCAUCGGUCUGAAGAACUACCAGCAGUGAGUAGUAAUGUGGAGAGGGGCAUUGUGAAGCCUGUUUCGGAAUCGAAUAUCGCGGGGACCGCUUCACCUCCAGUUAAGAAGAGUAGUCGGAGUUUGUUUGCCAAGUAUUCGAAAAAAUGUCAUAAGCGGUCGAUCAGUUUGGGGAAGUCGAUUUUCUCGUCGUCUUCGGAUACGGGAAAGAAGAAACCGGUGCUGGGUAGUUCUGCGUCGUGUGACGUCACACCGCCGCUGCAUUCCUCUUCACCCUCCCCGCCGGUACCUCGACGGAGAGCUCUCCUGCACCGGAGGUCGGUCGACAACAUCGUAGUGGCCGGGUCGUCAGACUCGUCUCCCAACUCGCCGCGGGCCGACAAGAGCAAGGGUCGUCGCCGUAAGAACCGGCCUUCGUCGGUUGCGGUUAUGGGCGCUCGCGACUUGGGCGACGACUCGCGACCCGACGAGCAGAAGCGGGAUGUCUCCAUGGACAGCCUGGCUCGGCAGUCGCUGCUCGCCGCUCAUGUGCUGCAUCUCAUACCUACGCAUCGUGCUAGAGAAAGAAAUUUCCUCCACGGCAGGAUAGCUGCUCAUUCUCUCCUGGGAACUGUAGAAUUGGAUCGAGUCCUACCUCAGCGUGAGAUUAGAAUUUACAUAGGCACAUGGAACAUGAAUGGUCGACCCCCGCCACCUGAUUUGAACGCCCUUGUUCUGCCUGACGGUUUGGAUCACCUUCCUGAUGUGUUGGCGGUUGGAACCCAAGAAAGCUAUCCUGAGAGAUUCCUGUGGGAGGUGAGCUUACAGGAGACCCUGGGGCCAUCUCACGUACUCUUCCAUUCCGCAGUGCUGGGAACUCUGCACCUGGCUGUCUACAUUCGUCGAGAUCUUCUGUGGUAUUGUUCAGUGGCAGAAGAGUCUAGCUUCAGCGUUCGGCCGGGAUCGGCGUUUCGCACGAAGGGCGCGGUGGCAAUUGGCUUCUCGCUGUUCGGCUCGUCGCUGCUGUUCGUGACGUCACACCUCACUGCCCACCAGGACAAGGUCAAGGAGAGGCUGCAUGACGUCAAGCGCAUCACAAAGGCUCUCGAUCUGCCCAAGCUGCUGCCCUGCAAGCAUCGCAACAAAGAUGUGACACAGAACUACGACUACGUGUUCUGGUGUGGCGACCUGAACUUCCGACUGAUUGAGCCGCGGGAGGAGGUGAUGGAGUGGCUGGCACAGAACAAGUUCCCCCUGGCCGAGGCCUCUGUCUGCGAGCUCACCGACCAACUCACCAACAGCAUCGGUGCCGCGUUCCCAGGGUUCCGCGAGGGUCCACUGACGUUCGCACCGACCUACAAGUACGACCCGGGCACACAGACGUACGACACAUCGCACAAGCAGCGAACGCCCUCCUACACCGACCGCAUCCUGUUCAAGUGUCGGCCGGGUGCUGGUGCGGGUGCGGGGGCGGGCGAAGCGGGGCCCAGUCACUGUGCCGUUGACUGCCUCACCUACACUUCUGUGCCGUCAGUCUGCACGUCCGACCACAAGCCGGUCUGGGGCCUCUAUCGGUGCUCCGUUCGGCCCGGCAUAGACACAAUUCCACUGGCAGCUGGUCUGUUCAACAGGGAGGUGUACUUGGAGGCGAUUCGACGGAGGGCUGCAGCUAUGGAGGCCAGAGACGGUGCGUCGGCGGUCUGCUCUCUGCAGUAGCACACGCCCUCGCCUCCUGCCCGGGUCAAGUGACCCAAACAGAGGUCAUCACGAGGUCAAGGUCACAAAUCCGACAGGAAAGUGUGCACUUGUCUCUGAACUACUGUGUCGUCACAAAUUCAGCCAAAAUUAUUCUAAUGAAUUACAUUAAUGAAGUUUAUAAAACUCGGCGAAAAUUAGUUGAUAGUUUUUCGCGACAUUGAAAAUGCUGCGGCAUUUAUCACGUUCUCACGAUUUUAGACGUUCUGUUGUGUGAAAUUCUCUUCAAACUGUCAAGCAUUGAAUGGGAAGCAUUGAUGAGGAAUAUAGUUUGACUUCAGAUACUGUUUUUGGUGUGAUAUAGUGAUAUUUGUUCAUAAUAAAACACAAGAAUAUUGUCUAAAAAUAUCACGAAUUCAUUAAAAAGUUGCAAAUAUGUUUCAAUACCUAUGGUGUCAUCUUCAGUGUAACAUAGGUGUUGAAACAUGUUUGCAACUUUUUAAUAAAUUCAUGAUACUUUUAGACUAUAUUCUAGUGUUUUAUAAUACAGUUUGAAGUGAAUUUCUCUAUAGUUACUGGAGAAAGGUUACUGGAAGUUUGUAAAAGAUACUGACAGUUAAAAGUAAAUUCCACUAUAAUUACUAGAAGAUGCUUAUUGGAAGCUUGCAAGAAAAAAUCUCUCUCCUUGUUCCGCCAUAUUGUCAAUAUAAGCUAAUUGCAGCUCACUAUAUACUUUGACCAUCAAAACCAUUUUGAUAUAAUUUAAAGUUAAAAAUUGUCAAGUAGUUUGUUGAGAGUAUAGUCAGUUGCAAUCAAUAAAUUAAUGGAACUGGUAAUAAGAUUCUUUGAGAAGGGUCUGUUGUCAUGAUGGUAAUGCUUAAAUCGUGUCGACACUUACUUGAGCCUGUAAUCUGUUCGAUAGUGUUGACACAAAGUCCAAGUUACAUGCUUCUGGUUACUUGCCUCUUAUAACUAGAACGUCUAUUAAAGAGUCGUGAAAUCAGGUUUCUUGCGUUUUGAGACGUUCUAGAUGUUUACCGGAAGAUUGUUACUGGACACUUACUUGAAUCGUGUGGACACGUAAUUGAACAUGUAACCCCUAAUCUACUGGAAUAGUGAAACCAUGAUAAAUGGAGAGCUUUCAGGGUCCAUUGAACUAAAGUCUUCAACAGUCUGAUUUAUUAUUCACUGACUUAAAAGCUUCCAAGUUCAAUUGAACUUCAACAUUCUCCACGUAAUUGGAUCAAAGCACGUAUUUCAACUACGUACUUGGUUCAAGUUACAUUCUUUCGGUAACCUUUUUUCAGAAACUAGAUCUAGAUCGUCUAGAAUCGUGACAGCCAGGCAUUAGUCACAAUGGAAAACAACAAAAUAGAAUUCAAUUCUUGCUGUGUCUUAAAGUCAGAGCGGGGUUUGAAUAAUGUAGUCAGAUAUCUGUUUGCUGACUCUAAAAGAGACCCAAUAUUUGGACUCGAGUUUCAAAAUAAUAACUUUUUUAACUCUUUGUUAUAUAUGAAUGGCAAAUCUCAUGUCAUAUUCAGUAAUUCUUUUUUUUAUAAAGGAUACAUAAAUAAAAUAACAUUCGCACCAAGUUGGCAAAUGAGAAACGCUUAUCUAUGCAAAAUUACGAAAAUUAAAUUGAAGCCUCAUCCCAGUAAUCUAUGUGAGGCCUUAUCUAAUCUAAUUUUUGUGGAUUUUUUUAUCUAAUCCAUAUGAAGGAAUUGGAGCUAUUUAUUUUUCAAAUUCAUAACUGAUAAAUAGUGCUAUUUUCUAUGAGAAUUUCUAUAUGAUAAUUCAUCUUUUAUAAUAAUUAAUAGUACUUUGAAUGUACCUUACUCUUCUGAAUAUAAUUCAUUCAACCUAAAUUUAACUGAAUAUGGCAUUGUUAGAGCAAAUAUACUUGCUCCCAAUUAACUGACAGUUUAGACGUCACUAGCUCACCGAAAUCGAAACUGUCAGGGAAAAUGUCACAAUUUAAAUAGAACCCUGGUUUGAAGAUACAAUUAACGUUACGUAAACUAGUUAGGUUUGAACUACUUUUAAAUAAUUUUUUUUAGAUUUUUUUAUUUUUCUUUACAUGUUACAGAUAUAUUCCUCUACAAAAAAAUUGAAAACAUUCUAAAACCUCUCAAUGUUAAUGCUGUUUUCUCUGAUGUAUCAAUCGCUACUCCAGUCUUUCAAACCAGCGAAGGGCUGAUACUCUUCUCAAAAUUUUUACAAAUUUAUCUUCUUCUUUUUCUAGUUCAUAAUUUUAAAAAACUCUUAUUUUAAAAUAUCUUUCUGCCUUUUUUACAUUUUUUCGUCAGACCAUGGUUCUGCAUUUUUAGUCUGUUAUCUAACCUUGCUACUUAAUUUUUAAUCACACCUCUCUCUCUUGCCUGUGGUGCUGUAUAACACGAAUUACAGAUUAUAUAUACCAAUUUUUCGGCUUACUCUAGUCUUUAACGAGUAUUCACCUUGUAUACAAAAACAAACACUGUACAUUUCAUAAACAUUUUUACUGUUUUCAAAAAAUAAAAUAUGUCUUAUAAAUAAUCAACACUUGAUUACUGCUCAUGAAGCGCUUGGGCAUUUUUGUAUUAAACCAACUCUAGUCGUAUAUAUCAAUAAAAUUAAGAGAAAUUUGUAAAAUAUGACAUCGCUGUGAUCUGUUUGGAUUCUAUAUAGUUAGCUAUAUUCAGUAUUUUCCAAAUACUACCUUUGAAAAACUAAUACCUAAGUUUUAGAAAUUCUAGAUUAAAGCCAUUGAUUCCAUUCUAGUCUUGCUCAAAUUCCUCAAAAACAAGGAACACUGUACGGUGCGUAAUAUCGAUGGAACUCUCUAUUAUAUUACAGUCCAACUAGCCAAUUAAUUAUUGUGUAAGGAAUAUUUUUCACGAAUCGCUAUAAAAAUUUAACUAACCUGUGUUUUGUAUCUCUCGGUUGAUGACUCUUAUGCUCGGUCUUUGGUCAUUAAUAUUGAUGAUUAUUAUUAUUAGCGUAUGGCUUUCAAUGGUGGGAAGACCCAAGGGUAGUUCAACCUGGCCGUAUAUAGUCCAAAGUUCUCUAAUGGGAAACCGGACACUAAGGUUAUAGUGAGCACAAUACUUUUAAUUUACAUUACACAUUAAUUGAUUUAAUCAAUGCUAUAGUGAGGCUCACGUAAUGACAGUAUCUGAUUAACAUUGGUGUUGCUAUCCUUGUCUAUCAUUCCACAAAGCAGAUCCUUUUCUAGCGCUGCAACGUUGCCAGAUCGUUUUUAACAAAAAUUAGUAGAUAUACAAUUACCAAAAUAUUUCAUCUCCAUUAUGAAACUUUAUUAUUCAUUCAUUGAAAAAUAUAUAUUCUUGACAAAUAAAAUAUAAUUGAUUUUAUUAUUUUUGACAAAAAUUAAUAGUUUAUAUUACAUCAGAUAUACCGGUAUCAGCUAUUCUCUAUAGAAGGCAGUGGCAAGGCAGAGAAACGGCAACGCUGUUGUAUCUUUUUCCACUGCCAUUAUAACGUGGACCUCACUAUAGACGAAGGUGUGGAAUGUUUUAUGUUACACCCAUUGUUUAUCGUUCAGACAUUCAAUUGGAUGUUCAUCAAUUAGUCAUUUAAUCGAUUGUUUAUCGAUCAGACACGCAAGUGAAAUUGAAAAUCCUGAGGUAUAACUAGAUAUGCCUCACAAGAAGUUUCUACUUUAAGAUCUUGUAGAAGUUUACCUGUUUGCCUUAUCCAUUCCCCAAGAUUUAGAUUUAUUUACACGAAUAAGUAUUAUUAUCUAUAUGAAUUGUUUUUGACAAAUAAUGUAAUUAUUUUAUUCUCACCUCUCACUUUGCUUUAUCAAAUUUAUUUCAUCCCAUUUCUAAUAAAUCAUUUUUUACCUUGAGUGUAUGAAGAAAGUUUUUCUAUGCAAUUUUUUAUAGAUGUGUAAAAACGUUGGGUUCGAUUCUAGUUUUAGCCUUGAAGGAGCUAAGGAAACAAUAUUUCAUUGAAUUCCUUCUUAUCUUGCAAUAUUGUGUUCUUUUAAUCCUGCACUCAACACGUAUUACUUACGAUCUUCCACAAAGCACAUACAAUUUACACCUUGUAAACUGAAAAAAUAUUGAAAAUUCUUUUUUUGUUAGUAACAUUCAAUCUUGAUUCAUAGGCUGUAGUCUAAUCAUUUUUAACCCAAUUAAAGUGUUUUCAUAAUCUUAACUUGAAUGUCUUUAGUGAUAAUUAAGAAAUUUUGUAUUGCAUAUCCUACUGUUCUAAAGUAUUAAAGUAGCAAUAAAAAGCAUUAUGCUUUCAUGUUAUGAUAUCGAUAGAAUUAUGUUUAAGAAUAAGUCACUGUGAUCUUUGCAAUAUUAUAAUCCUGCUAUUUACGUGUAAAAUAUAACCUGUUUAGCGGACGAUAAAUCUUCAACAACUUUGGUUCAUAGUGCAAUAAUAUUAUUUCUAGUUCAAACAUACUCCCAAUAACACAAUAAUUAUGAUUCAACUCGUUAAUCCUCUAGAUAUUAGAAUAGGAUUUAAAAUAAGAGCUGGAUCUCUCUUUUCUUUCCAGUUUUGAAUUCCUGUGUAAGACUACUUGUAGCCUAAUUAAUACACUUGAGUCUAGUCGGUGCAUAAUAAAUAUAUGUAUUUUGAUGUUGUUUAGAAUUAAAUAUUUUAUUGAAUUUUAAUAAAGUCUGAAUCAAGCUGAAAUUA